UAUAGAUUGAUAAAUGAGAAAGGAUUAAAAAAGAAAAGGAAAUUAAAAAAGUUGUUGAUAAAUAGAUAGAAAACUUUGAUUGCAGAUUUUUAGAAUUAAUUGCCAUGACCUAUAGAGAUUCUAUUUCAAACACGAUCUUUUUAUGGCUUAGUUUAAUACGAACAAAAAUAAAAUGGGAGAAUAUUAGGUUGAUAUUAUGUUCAGAGAAAAUGCCAUACUCAUUCCUGGGUGAAAGGGCAUGAUUACAGCUUUAGGUUUCAAGAUAGAGUUUGGAAUUUCAACAAAUAAUCAAUCACAAACAACAUCGGUUUUUAAGCUAAUGAUCAAUAUAGGAUGCUGAUUAAAACCUUUAGAUGCAAG